ACUGGCCUGACCCUGGCCCUGGUGGUUCGGGCCGACUUUCAUGAGGACCACUUUCGGCUCGGGGACGCCGGCAGCCUACGGCCCGCGGCCCCUUACGAUGCGGACCGUCAGCGGGCUCUGCUCGAGGGACCGUUCCACCGGGCGCCCGUGCAGCAGCUAAGCCUCGCUAGUCCUACCAACGGAUCCGGAGCCGCGUUCGAUGUUGGCAAGGCCCCUACCCAGCAGAACCCUGCCGCAGUUCCCAACGCCCCGGCGGCCGCGGGAGUUCCCGCCCCGAACGGCUCCGCAGUUGCAGGUGCGGCUUCGGCUCACAAGUCUUUUUUUGAACGCAGCCCCGUGAACCCGGUCUUUGGCCUGGAGCAGCAACCCGACUCUGAUGAGGCUUCGAAGCAGCUGCUGGAACAGGACAUUGGCAAGCUGCAGCGCCGUAAGUUCCGCAUGCGCCGCCACAAGGGUUUCAAGGCCGGAGCACGUAAGGUCCGCAAGCUUGUUGAGGAAGACAUGGGCCCUGCCGGAGUUGCCCAGGAGGCUUACGCCCAGCAGAGGCCCGAUCAGGCUGCUUCCGCGAGCAGGCUCGAAGCCCUGGCUGGUCUUAAGGUAGAGUACGCGCGGGCUUACAUCGCGGCCGAGGAGCCCGAGGCCGACUCUGGUCCCAUGGAGCUGCUCUGUACGGUCGGCUACAAGGACUAUGCCAGCAUUACCUGGACCGUUAACGGCCGUCCCCUGGAGAACUUCAUCGACCGCUCCACCCUGAGCACCGUGAAGAACGACGUUCCCGUUAAGGUCUCCAAGAUCACCAUCAACCAGCUGGAGAGGCUUCCCUCCGACAACGGCAAGUUCGUCUUCGAAUGCACGGCCCUAGUCGACGCGCAGGUCACCAAGGCAACCAUCGCACUGGGUUCCAUCAUCGAGGACACCUGCACGAGCAACGCCCAGUGCGAGCCUCGCGGGGCCUCGUGCAGCGAGGGUCACUGCCUCUGCAAGCCAUCCCAGCCCGUGAGCCUCAAGUCCAAGCACCUGACCUGCCGCGCCGCCGCCGGCCUCGGCUGGCCCUGCGACUACUCCGAGCAGUGCGUCUUCGCUCAGCCGAACGCCGUCUGCACAGACCGUCUGAUCUGCGACUGCGCUCUCGGGUUUGUCCGGUCCCUGGACGGAAAGACCUGCGACAAGCUGCAGACCACCGCCGGAAACCUGAUCGGACAGCCCUGCAAGGCCAACAGCGAAUGCCACGCUGCCGGAGCCGCUUGCCUCAAGGACGUCUGCGCGUGCGCCAACAACAGUGUCGAGCGCGGCGGCAUGUGCCUGCCCGAGGAGCACCUCAAGAUGCAGGCCGGAGUCCAGGGACCCAACUUCCUCGCCGCGGACGACGGCAUCAAGACUCUCCACAACGACACCCGCAUCACUGUGGCCGCGGCCAUGUUCAACGAAGCCGGGGACAAGAAAGAAUCCACUCUGGCGCCCGCCCUGGGCGUACCGGUCCGAAGCUCGGCGGGAGGCCUUGCCUCGCCCGCUAUCCUUGCAGCGGCUCUCUCCCUGGCCGCUCUCCUCAUCCGCCGCCGCUGAGUCGGCCUCACUUCAAGGCAGCAAAUAAAAAAAAAAAAAAAUAAAACGCUGCAC